UCUCCGGCCUCGGUUGGGUUUGUGCGGCUGUCAGAUUUGGCUCUCUCGGCCCUAGGGCGCGGCGGCCCUGGGGACCGGUGGCCCUGGGGGCCGGCUCUCCCUGGCACCGGCCUUGGGGAAGCCAGGAGCUUUCUCCGGUGUCGUAGCAACCAGGAGCCGGGCGGCGGCCUGAGGGAACGCGGCGCGGGCCGGGUCGCUGGAGCGCCGGCCACCGGCGGCCCGUAAGGAAGAAAUGGCGGACGAGGCGUUGUUUUUGCUGCUCCACAACGAGAUGGUGUCGGGAGUGUACAAGUCCGCGGAGCACGGGGAAGUGGAAAAUGGACGAUGUAUUACUAAGCUGGAAAACAUGGGAUUUCGAGUGGGACAAGGAUUGAUAGAAAGGUUUACAAAAGAUACUGCAAGAUUCAAGGAUGAGUUGGACAUCAUGAAGUUUGUAUGUAAAGAUUUUUGGACUACAGUAUUCAAGAAGCAAAUAGACAAUCUAAGGACAAAUCACCAGGGCAUCUAUGUACUUCAGGACAACAAAUUUCGUCUGCUAACCCAGAUGUCUUCAGGAAAACAAUAUUUAGAACAUGCAUCUAAGUAUUUGGCAUUUACGUGCGGCUUAAUCAGAGGUGGCUUAUCAAAUUUGGGAAUAAAAAGUAUUGUAACAGCAGAAGUGUCUUCGAUGCCUGCCUGUAAAUUUCAAGUGAUGAUACAGAAGUUAUAGAUUAUACUGAAAUGCAAGACUCUUCUACAUUGUAAAGAGAUAAAUUAUUCAUGUAUAAAGUGUUUUAAGUAAUGCUUUGUCAGAUGUUUGUUUAGAAGUAAGGUGCAUUUUAUUGGUUGAACACAGACCAAGUUAAAGCAGAUCGUCAUUUUACUGUGACAUAAAUGUUACUCAUUAUUCUAAAUGAAAACCUAAUUUCAAAUAACUAGACACCAAGGUAUAAAUUUCCUUAUUUCAAAUGUUUUUUAUUGGCUUACGGUAAUAAUUAACCACAGAGGAGGAGCAAAACUCAGGGUUUGUUGGAUUAGCAUAAAGGAAAAUAUGCAGUAAACAGAAUCAUUUCUGUAGGAAUUCUAGAAAUUUGUUAAAGUAUAAGUUGUUUUAGUUAUUUUUAAGAAGCAAACUAUAGUAAAUUAAGGUUAAUUUUUAAUUUAUUUCUAUUUGAGAGAACCUUUAUGCCUGUAUAAGUAUUUCAUAUACAUUGUGUGUAUGUAUGUAUAUAUAAAUACAUGUGAUUGUUUAAA